AAAUUGCAAUAUAUAUACAAACCAUAAUAUAAAUUAUGAAAUAAAACAUGACAACAAUAUUAAUAACAACUAUAUGUAUAACAACAAUAUGAAUAACAAUAUGUAUGAGAAUUAUCCUAGCAGACAUAACGUUAAUAUUAAAAAAAAACUAGGAUUUAUAUUAAACAAAUUAUUUUUAAAAAAAAGUAAAGAAGAAAAAAAAAACAAAUGCAAUAUUAUGCAAGGACACAAAAAUGACCCAUCAUAUAUAUCAAAUCAAUAUAUAGAUCCAAAUUUUAAAGAAUUAUAUUAUAUUCAGACGAUAAGUGUUUUUAAUGAACCUUUUUCGAUUUAUAUUAAAAUAUAUCAAAUAUAUAUUUUCUCAAGGAAGCCAAAAAAAAAUAUGAACAAUUUUAUAAAUAAUGAUAUAUGUCCUAAUAAUAUAAAAAAUUUAACAUCUAAUAAAGAGAACACAAAUGUUUCGACUUAUGUACUUAUAGACAUUCAAAAUAAUUUUCUAAAAUAUAUAAUCAAGAAAAAAAUUAUAACAGAAAUAAAAGACUGUAUAAAUAAUUGGGAAAAAUAUAUCAUAGCACAUAUACAAAAUAUGAAAGGAAUUCAUAAUGAUAAUUAUAAUAAUUUUAUAUCUUUAUCAAAUCUACAGAUAUAUAAUAAUAAUAAAAAUAAUAAUGAUGAUGAUGAUCUUAUUCAACAUAUAAUAAAUAAAAUAAAAUAUUAUCUUAAUAAUUAUCUUAUACCCUUCUUUCAUAAAAUAUUUUUAAGUAUUAUAGAUUACAUUUCUAGAAAUUAUAAAAAUGAAAACUUACAAUACUAUUUUUCUCAUUCAUCUACAAAAAAAAAAAAAAAAAUUCAACACUUUAUAUAUAAAACAAAAAAUAAUUUAAAAAAUACAUACAACAAUAUAUUUUGUAAGCAAAAAAAUAACAAGUAUUCCAUACAAAAUAAUAAUAAUCAAACAUAUCUUAAUAAACAAUUAUCACAUUUUUUUAAUCCAAAUAAAGAAAAAAUAUAUAUAUUUACAUAUAAAAAUAAAACAAAUUUACCUAAUCAAUAUUAUUAUACAUUAAAUGAUUUUAUAUAUGAACCACCUUUCUAUUAUUUAAAGUCACAUAAUAUUGUAAAUAAUUAUAUUAUAUAUAUAAAUAGUUUAUAUUUUAUAAGGUUACUUUUAUUAUAUACAUUUCUAUCAUUCUUUUUAUUAUUUUUGAUGAUACUUAAUAUGCCUAUAUGUUCAUAA